AUGUAUGAUCAUAGUGAAACCCAUUACUUUGAUCCUCAUUCCAUACAAGUUGGAGUACAAAACGAAUCCACUUUUGCCGCUGCGGUGAUGGAUUUUCAGCUAGACCAAAAAUUUAAUAAUGCGCAUUUGAUGCAAGAAGUUAUCGUUAUUGAAGAUGAGCCUAGUCCGGUUCAAAGUGUCUCUAUAGAUUGCAACAUUCAUAAUCAUCAUGAGCUUUAUCAAGAGAUGCAAGAAAUGCAAGAACCAAAUACUCAGUAUAACCAACAAGAACAAUUUUAUGAUCAGCAACAAAUUGAUCAGUUACAACAUUUAUCAACUGAUGGCAUCGACUUAUCGACGAGUUUACCUAACUUUUAUCUGGAAAUAUUUGGAGAAUCUAGUUAUAAUAAUGAAGUUAUUAACGAAGGAGAAAACAGGUCGGGGUCGAUCGAUGUUUUGUACGAAAAUGAUCCUGUAUCACUUAAUUUGAACAAUCUUCCUCCACAACCUCCACUUAGAGAAUCGUUUGAAGCUUUGCCGCAAAACUAUGGUGUUAGUAGUUCAUUGUUUGGUGGUGAUAAUAAUGGAAUGAAACAAUUCGAGAGCUUGGUAUCGGAUUUUAAACGCGAAAUGAAUAACAACAUUCAUGGUGUCGGUGGAAGCCGUGGAAGGAGUACAAAUGGUUUGGGAAUAGCUAGCCAUGGAAACAAACAACACAUUACAAGUACUGAGAAAAUGAAACGAGAGAAAUUGGGUGAUCAGUUCAAAGCUCUGAGUUUACUGGUGCCUAGUCCUAGCAAGAAGCCUGAUAGAGCUUCAGUUCUGGCAAGUACAAUUGAUUACAUAAAUGAACUAAAAGGAACAGUUGAUUACUUGAAAGUAUUGGUUGAUAACAAAAGAAACGCGAGAAACAAGAAGUCUAGAAUCGAGAAUGAAGCAGUAGCUGGAGAUAUGCCAACUUCAAGUAUGAAUAUGGAUCGAGAUCAAAACUUGUUCAAUGGACAAGUAAGAAGUUCAUGGUCUCAAAGGAAAUCUAAAGACGCUGAAGUAGACGUUCGGAUUAUCGAUGGUGAUGUAACCAUUCGGCUAAUAGUUCAGCGACCAAAGAUGAUUAAUUUGUUGCUGAGCGUUUCAAGUAUUUUCGACGAGCUUCAGUUGGAUUUACUUCACGUCUCUAGUGGUUGCAUUGGGGACUACUACAGCUUUUGGUUCAAUACUAAGAUUCUUGAAGGCUCUUCAGUGUUUGCAAGUGCAAUAGCCAAGAAACUGAUUGAAGUGGUGGAGAAAACGAUCCAGCAUUAA